AUGAAAGAGCUGCCCCACUUGACCAAAAGGCUUUUCCACUUGACAGAAAAACAACAUCAUGUGACCCAAAAACUAUUCUGCACAACACAGAAACUGUCCCAUGUGACUCAGAAGCUGCCCCGCCACACUUACAAUAGAGCUGCCCCACUUGAUCACAGAGCUGCCCCACUUGACCAAAAGGCUUUUCCACUUGACAGAAAAACAACCUCAUGUGACCCAAAAGCUAUUACACACAACACAGAAACUGUCCCAAAUGACACAGAAGCUGCCUUACUUGACACAGAAGCUGCCCCACUUGACAUACAAGCUGCCCCACUUGACAUACAAGCUGUCCCACUUGACAUAAAAGAUGCCCCACUUGACAUAAAAGAUGCCCCACUUGACAUACAAGCUGCCCCACUCGACACAGAAGCUGCCCCACUCGACACAGAAGCUGCCCCACUCGACACAGAAGCUGCCCCACUCGACACAGAAGCUGCCCCACUCGACACAGAAGCUGCCCCACUCGACACAGAAGCUGCCCCACUUGACACAGAAGCUCCCCCACUUGACACAGAAGCUCCCCCACUUGACACAGAAGCUCCCCCACUUGACACAGAAGCUCCCCCACUUGACACAGAAGCUCCCCAAUUGAUAUACAAGCUCCCCCAAUUGACAUACAAGCUGCCCCACUUGACACAGAAGCUGCCCCACUUGACACAGAAGCUGCCCCACUUGACACAGAAGCUGCCCCACUUGACACAGAAGCUGCCCCACUUGACACAGAAGCUGCCCCACUUGACACAGAAGCUGCCCCACUUCACAUACAGCCUGCCCCACUUGACAUACAAGCUGCCCCACUUGACAUACAAGCUGCCCCACUUGACAUACAAGCUGCCCCACUUGACAUACAAGCUGCCCCACUUGACAUACAAGCUGCCCCACUUGACAUACAAGCUGCCCUCUUGGCAAAGAAGCUGCCCCACUGGACAAAGAAGCUGCCUCACUUAA